UUUAAAUAAAAUGCAACUCAAAAACAAAAUAAUAUUAAAAGUUAUUGUGUUGUUAUCGUGUAUUUCCUUAAUUCGUUGUCAACUUUUGGACACAAGUGGUGCUUUAUUAUCUAGACAAAAGAGGUAUUUAAUAUGGCACGAAGGUAUUAAUUGGGUUCAGAUGAUAGUUGGUAUUGGCUUACCAACAGAAUUGAGAGAUCAAGCCAUCACUUUAGGUGUCGUAGCGAAAGCUUUUUAUUUAUUACCCACAAAUAGUUCUGAUUACACACAUCCAAGUAUCGAUUAUGCGAGAAAGAAGAGAUCAGUUUCCAGAUGGAUAAUUUAUGAAUUGAUUGAAACUUUUCUGAAAAGAUAUGGAUUCACAGAUGCAAAAGCAUGUAUGCUAAAAUCCAUAUGCGAGGCAGCUUCCGUUCCAUUAGAGAAGAGAUCUGGUGUUCUGGCAGAAGUUAUCCAUGCCCUUUUAACGCCUUCAAGUACUAAAGAAGUUCCUGAAAGUCAUGCCAAUGCAGUAUAUCAUGCAGCUGAAAAAAUGGGAAAGGAAGUCGAUAAUUGUGAAAUACUAUUUCCAGAAUGUGAUUCUAAUAUCAUAUCACAAUUUUCAAGAUUUUUGAAAUAAAUGUAAACUGAAUUCAUC